UGUGACUGACAAUCCCGCAGUCUAAUCCAGAGAGCGAGGAUGCAUAGCAGCAGUGAUAUGUGUCGAAUGAACAUCGGCUAAGUACUUCAUUUGGCUGUGACUGACAAAAGCCAGCAAACAUUUUCUUCAUUCAGCCCUUAGAGAGCAUUUUUGAACCUGAAACCGUCGGGUUUAACGGUUUAAAUUUCAUCCAGACCGGGACUUCGCAGACGUUACGUUCGGACAAUGGAAUCUAACGUUAUCCCGGACAGUAUCCGCCCUCAGAGGCUACAGCCAGGGAUUGGAUUCGGUUCAGGACCGACCGGGACCCUCCGCUCCUCUCUCCGGCCCGGGGUUACGGUCCCCAUCGCGCCGCUUUUGCCCUCUCCGGCCUCUCUGGCCGCUUCGUCUGGGCCUCCUCCUCCACCGCCCCCGCUGCAGCUCCACAGCCUGUACGGCGGUGUCGGAGCGGGGCUGGGGCCGGGGGCUACCGGCCACUGUAACCCGGGGAACCCGGCGGUGCUGAAGGAGGCGGUGGAGGCUGUGGUCCGCAGCUUCGCCAAACACACGCAAGGUUAUGGCAGAGUAAACGUGGUGGAAGCUUUACAGGAGUUUUGGCAGAUGAAGCUGAGCAGAGGGGCCGACCUGCGGAAUGGAGCUCUAGUUGUUUAUGAAAUGGUCCCCUCCAACAGCCCCCCAUACGUCUGCUAUGUUAGUCUUCCUGGUGGCAGCUGCUUCGGGAGUUUCCAGUUCUGCCCCACGAAGGCCGAGGCAAGACGCAGUGCCGCCAAGAUUGCCCUGAUGAACUCUGUUUUCAAUGAACAUCCCUCUCGUCGCAUCACAGACGACUUCAUUGAGAAGAGCGUCAGUGAGGCUCUGGCCUCCUUCAAUGGAAACAGAGAAGAGGCUGACAAUCCGAACACAGGAAUUGGGGCAUUUCGCUUCAUGCUUGAGUCCAACAAAGGAAAAUCUAUGCUGGAGUUUCAGGAGCUGAUGACGGUGUUCCAGCUGCUGCACUGGAAUGGAAGUCUCAAAGCUAUGAGAGAACGGCAGUGUUCCCGACAGGAAGUGCUGGCUCACUAUUCCCACCGGGCUCUCGAUGAUGACAUGCGCACUCAGAUGGCUGCCGACUGGGUGAACAGAGAACAGAGCGUAGCGGGCACCAUUGCGCAGGAGAUGGCGUCGACAGAGCGAGAACUGGAGGAUGCCAGGUUGGCGGGCAGAGAACUUCGUUUUUAUAAAGAGAAGAAAGACAUCCUGAUGUUAGCCGUGGGCCAACUCAGUGCAGCCAACACUGCCACCUUGCCCUCACACUAAACCUGUCAUCCGCUGUGGAAACAUACCUUCGCACUCCAUAGGAUUCCUAGUAACAGUAUUGAUCACUACAUAGAUAUAAUGGUGAUAUCGUCUGAACUUGUAGGUUUUGUAUCUUGUGUUUUGUCAUGAGGACCAGGUAGUCAGGCCUUGACUUAAAGUAUGCACAUCCGUCCAUAAAACAAACUCUUGCCGCUAUAGCUGAUACCUCCUUGUGCCUAGUGAUUACAAGAUAACAGUACUUUUUAAAAGAUACCUGUAAAUGUGCUACUAUAUCAACUCGUAAUAGACCUACAGAAACAAAGCCUGCCUUUCAUCAGUGAAUGUAUGGCGCAUAAGUUAAUUUGACCCAUCACGUUUGUUCAUUUGUUCAAGGUGUGGAUCAUUCUGCGCUUUGUUCUUUUAUGGUUUGGGUGUGUUUACUUGCAUGUAGAUUUUUGGAAUUGGAAAAGUGAAGGUGGUUAAAUGAAAGGGACUUAAAACCUUGAUGGCAAAUACCUAAUGUCCAUUCAUUAGAAUAUUUCUGAAAUACCACCACAAAAUACAGCAAUGGGUUAAAAGAUCACACCUAAUGGGUCACAACUCUUUUCUGCCGGUUGUAAUCACAAUAUAGUGUAAAUGUGUGGAAAUUAAAUCCUCAAUUAAUAGCAGAAUUCAUGUAAGCAUUGAAAUACACUUAUAAGCUCAUGUAAUAAUUUGAGAGUACUUUGCGAAAAAGUCAGCAGGUGACCGAUCGCUCUGACAGCAGCUCAGGUUUUUUGAAAAAUCAGAUCGAAUCAUAUUUUUGUUUUUUGUUUAUGAAGGCUUUCGACUAGUUUAGUGUUCAUUGUAUGCUUGGUAACUAUGACACUAGCUGAAUGUAUAUUUUCAGUGUGCUCUCAACUAAAGUAUCUGCUCAGUCAUUGCUGUUUAACAUGUAGAUUAUUGAAUUACUCUUGUGAUACAGAUUGUGUUUGUCAUGUGGUUCAUCUGGCAGAAACAAAGAACAGCCACACAGUGGUGGUGGUGGUGGUCAGAAGUAAAAGGCCAAAAAAUGAGUUAAGGGUUUUAACAAGCUGAUUCAUCGUGUGUGAGUCAUGGCAGUCAGUACAAAACAGUACCAGCACUUGUGGUUUAUGUUUUUUGACAUACUGAAAACAGAAUCUAUCUGUUUGUUAGCAAUGCUAUUGUAUAUCCAUAGGUUAAAAUCAAAUUAUGUAGCUCGCACUUAUCACCUUUUCAAAUAUUUUUUAUGUUGAAGGACUCGAUGUUGUUUAUACUUUAAAUGUGACAGCUUUAUUUUUCUCCGUCUAUCAAAAGUGUAUUGAAUGCAUUAACCGGAUGAAGACAUUUUAGUGAGUAGCCUUUUAAAGACCCCAUGUAAUUGAAGUGAGAGUUUAAUUGAUGAUAUGUGGCUCUGGCUGGAAGGGAAUCUGGGCAGUCAGUUAUGCAAGUUAAACAGCAGGAGGGCCCGUCUGCCUGCUGAAGGCUGGAUUAUCAACAGCAGACACCGAUUACUCUAAAUUUGAGUCAGGGGCAAACAGAAAACAAAGCAUCAAAGAUUGAGUAUGAUUAAAGCCAGAGCCUAUUUUAUUAUUUUGUUACUGGAAUCAAUGUGCCUUUUAUGAAAUUGGAUGCAUGCAAUAGAAUGACAUGUGAAAAACGAAUAGUCUCAUUUCAUUUAAUGAAAUCUUUAAAGGAUGUUCUACUCUGUUUAACAAACUUGUUGGUUACAUUCUACGUUACAGUACCUAAAUAGUUCAACAUUUUGGGAAAUUCAUUUAAAUGUUUAAUUUUCUGGUGGAGAGUUAAACAAGAAGAUCAAUACCUCUGUCAUUUCUGUGGGCUAAAUGCAAAACAGCAGCCAGCAGCCUUUUAACGUGGCUCAGUAUAAAGACAGCAAGCCUGGCUCUGUCCAAAGCUAAUAAAAUCAGUUUACCAGCACUCAUAAAACAAAUGUUAUAUCUCAUUUGUUUAAUCUGUACUGGAAAUGAAAGUGUAAAGAUGACGGGUUCACCUUUUCACGGUGGGGGGGGGGGGGGCGUUCAUCACCUUGCAACUGUUGACUGUUGAGAAGCAAGAACUAGUCAGGCUCACCUGUUGCUUGUGGUAGCUUAAUGUUUAAAUUACAAACAUGAAAGUAGUAUCAAUCUAUCAAUCAUUUAACUCUUCACCAGAAAAUGAGUGAGUAUAUUUCCUAAAAUAUUGAACUGUUCCUUGAAUAUGUUACAUGACAUUACAUUAUGAAGGACUGAUUAAAACUUACUACCUUUGAUAUACAUUUAUAAUCUUGAUAUACUGUUUGUUUUUUGGUACUCAAAAUAUGUGUGCAGCACAAGUAGGAAAGUGUUUUUACAUCAUUUUAACUGCGGCCCUCUUAAGUAGAUACUGAAAAGUUAAAAUAUAUGUCUGAGAUCAAAAUUUUGCAGAUCAUACAUUUUCUUUUCCACAUUCAUUCACAUUUGCUCCGACUGCUACUCACAGAGUCUCAUCUUCAUAAGCUUUUUAGUUCAUCAUCGAUUUUUAAGUCCAUUUUUAGAACAUACUGUUAUACUGGCGAACUGAUGCUAAAGCUGAAAUGUAAUUAAUGAGAACAACUCAUCAAGUAUUUAAAUAACCUGGUUGCAGGCAUGAGACUGGAGGUCUUGAAUUGUGUAUUUUUGCAUUUUUAUUUGAAUUUAGAAGCUUGUUAUAUGUGUGAUUUUCAACCACAAGCCAUUAAUCUCAGAGUUCUCUUCUUACAAAUGCCUUUGACCUUUCUUUGUGAUCAUUAUCUGUGGAGGCUUUUUUAAACAAUGUAUUUUUUUGCUAUCCAUUUUAUAAAAGAACUUGGGCUUUUCAUCUUUGCCUUUGAUGCAUGAUGUAUUGAUUGAAAGUUUUUUUUUAUAUGUUUCAUAGCCUAUACAGUAUUGUUUUAUAAAAGUGUUUCUCAAGGCCCUUAUUGUAUGUAUUUUCUAUGAGCAUUUUGUAUUCCAUGUUUAUACUUUUAGUAGAUUUAUAUGAUGUAAUAAAUUGACUCAUACAAAUGUU